GGGCGGCGGGCGCGCUCCUUCCUGCGCGAUAUAAGGCUCCUGGCGGGCCUUGGGGUCCAGAUCGGCCCUGAAUCGCCUACACACCAUGUCCUGCUUCUCUUCCCGCCUCGGCGCCUCCUGCGGGGUCCGCGCUUUCAGCUGCGCCUCAGCCUGCGGGCCCCGGCCUGGCAAAUGCUGCAUCUCCGCAGCUCCCUACCGCGGCAUCUCCUGCUACCGAGGACUCUCUGGGGGCUUCGGCAGCCGCAGUGUCUGCGGGACCUUCCGCUCCGGCUCCUGUGGACGCAGCUUCGGAUACCGCUCUGGAGGGGUCUGCGGGCCCACACCCCCCUGCAUCACCACAGUCUCUGUCAAUGAGAGCCUGCUCACACCCCUCAACCUGGAGAUCGACCCCAAUGCUCAGUGUGUGAAGCAUGAGGAGAAGGAACAGAUCAAGUGUCUCAACAGCAAGUUUGCCGCCUUCAUCGACAAGGUGCGCUUCCUGGAGCAGCAGAACAAGCUGCUGGAGACCAAGUGGCAGUUCUACCAGAAUCGUAAGUGCUGUGAGAGCAACGUGGAGCCGCUGUUCGAGGGCUACAUCGAGACCCUGAGGAGGGAGGCUGAGUGUGUGGAGGCGGACAGCGGGAGGCUGGCUGCUGAGCUCAACCACGUGCAGGAGGCCAUGGAGGGCUACAAGAAGAGGUAUGAAGAGGAAGUGGCUCUCAGGGCCACUGCUGAGAAUGAAUUUGUGGCCCUGAAGAAGGAUGUGGACUGUGCCUACCUCCGUAAGUCGGACCUGGAGGCCAAUGCAGAAGCACUGACCCAGGAGAUUGACUUCCUACGGCGACUCUAUGAGGAGGAGAUCCGAAUCCUCCACGCCCACAUCUCAGACACCUCCGUCAUCGUCAAGAUGGACAACAGCCGGGACCUGAACAUGGACUGCAUCGUGGCUGAGAUCAAGGCUCAGUAUGAUGACAUUGCCACCCGCAGCCGGGCAGAGGCUGAGUCCUGGUACCGCACCAAGUGUGAGGAGAUGAAGGCCACAGUGAUCCGUCACGGGGAGACCCUGCGUCGCACCAGAGAGGAGAUGAAUGAGCUGAACCGCAUCAUCCAGAGGCUGACAGCUGAGAUUGAGAACGCCAAGUGCCAGAACACCAAGCUGGAGGCGGCAGUGACCCAGUCUGAGCAGCAGGGAGAGGCUGCCCUCACCGAUGCCCGCUGCAAGCUAGCUGAGCUGGAGGCUGCCCUGCAGAAGGCCAAACAGGACAUGGCCUGCCUGCUCAAAGAGUACCAGGAGGUGAUGAACUCCAAGCUGGGGCUGGAUAUCGAGAUCGCCACCUACAGGCGCCUGCUGGAGGGCGAGGAGCACAGGCUGUGCGAGGGUGUGGGCUCUGUGAAUGUCUGUGUCAGCAGCUCCCGUGGUGGAGUCACAAGUGGGGGCCUCACAUAUGGCACAACCCCAGGGCGCCAGAUUGCCUCUGGCCCCUCUGCCACUGGGGGCAGCCUCACAGUGAUGGCCCCUGACUCCUGCUCUCCUUGCCAGCCACACCCCACCAGCUUCAGCUGUGGGAGCAGCCGCUCAGUGCGCUUUGCUUAGAAACAGGACCUCCAACUGAGCCACCUCUCUGCCCCUGAAUGGAGUGAUGUGUGAAUGGAAAAUGUGCGCUUGCUUCCAGAAUAUUCCAGAUGUUCCUGUAGGAGAAAAGAGCUCAGGGUCGCUCUCCUUCACCUUCUUCUUUAGGGAGUUGUUUCUCGGUUCUCCUCUGGCUUCACUUUAGAAGCUUAUUCCCAAGCCUUCCCUUAAUUCCAACCUGUCUUCAAACACCUAUAAUUGAUUUGUGUCCUUCACCAAGUCCUCUGGGACACUACCAGUCACCAAGGGUGGCUAGAUAAUAAGCUUAGCCUUCAUGGGUCAAGGGCACAAUCCUAACCACCCAGUGAUUCCCCCCAAAACCAAGAACCAGAGGGAACCCUCACCAAGCAGCUCCCACUUCUGGCCCCAGGUACACGGCCUCAGAGGCAGCAAGCACCUGCCUAUCAUUGGUUGUGUUUGCUCACCUCCCUGACUGACUGCCUUUCUUGGGGCAACCUGCUCCAGCCAGACUCUUUGGGUGGCCUCCCAGAAAACAAGUCUACUCUCUGGGGAGUUAUGCUACCUACAGCCCCUGGCUGGGAGCUUUGAACAGGUCUUGUUAUUCAAGAUACCUUUACACGUUUCAAAGACUCCAUACUUGCUCCAGGCCUUCCUUGCCUGUGCAGAAGGGAACUGCCCACUGGAGAGCUGAUGGGAUGGGGACUAUGAGGCCACUUUCCGGUUCUGUCUGUGGGUGCCUUGCCUUCUGGGUUGACCCCAUCUGUGUUUCAAUAAAUGCUGCUGCGAUGCAA